GGAAUAACCGCACACUGCGGUUUUUUUUUACGCCGUAGCGUUAUUUAGGACUGAAGAAAAGUAAGUAAUGUAACCAAAAAAGGGAGGGAGAAGGAUGAGCGCGGUGGUCACAUCUCGAAAAGUGGUGGAAGAAACCGUCCAAGUGGUCGUCACUCCGGCCACCACCUGCGGUGGAGAAGCAGUGUCCGAGAACCAACUGCAGCCCGGUGAUCCAUCCAAAGAGAAGGUGCCCGAGAACCAACCACCGCCUAGUGAUGAAUUACACAGAGAAAAUGAACAAGCGGAGGCAGUGUCAACUCCUCCGGCGGCCGAAGAAGACCCGCCCGCAACCAAGAGAACCAUCUCCGUUGAAGAAAAGAACGAAGACCCGCCCGCAACCAAGAGAACCAUCUCCAUUGAAGACAAGAACGACGACCCGCCACCGGAGAAGCCGCCACAAAGAAGGAAGAGGAAGCGGGCGGUGGUGGGAGCGGGAGCGGGAGAAGGGUAUAAAAGGUACGUGCACAAGGUGUUGAAACAAGUGCACCCGGACUUGGGGAUAUCUUCCAAAGGUAUGACGGUGGUGAACAAUCUGAUAGGGGACAUGUUCGAGAGGAUAGCGGGGGAGGCGGCGACUCUGACGAAGUACGUCUCCCGGAGGACGCUGUCGACGAGGGAGAUUCAGGACGCCGUAAAGUUGGUGUUGCCGGGAGAGCUUGGGAAGCAUGCCAUUUCGGAGGGAAUGAAGGCGGUCACUAAUUAUAUUGGCACUCUAGAUGGAGACGACCACUCUAAAUUGUCUUCUUCCAAACCCCAAUAAGUAAUUGAAAUUAGUAAGUACGUAGUAGUUAAUUACAUAGUUAAUGACGCAAGUACUUCAAUUCCAUGCUGUAUAUAUUAUGCAUGUCUAGAAAACUUUCCAAAAAUAUUCCUUUUUUUUUGGAUGAAUUCCAAAAAUAUUCCGUAAUUAUAUAGUAUGUUGUUACGAAGUUUUUGUUAGAUUCAAUUCCCAUCGCAUGUCGUCA